AAGGCAGCCUCAGAGCACGGCAGGCUCGCGGAAAGUAGCUGCAGUGUCCUGGCGCAAUAUCUGUCCUAAAACGUUCACGUAAAGUGUCCCGGAAAGUUAGGUGUAACUGAAAGACAGGCAGCAGACUCAGACAGGCGCCAGUCCGUGUGGACAGAGGAGGAAGAUCUUGUCCAUUGUGGCGCUGAGAGAGACAGCGCCGUCGGCUCGCUUUGCGCUUCAACGUGCCCUCUUUCACUGCGUCGCUGACACCUGCAUACCGAUGUGAUGUCUGAGAGAUUUGGCACCUGCUCAGCAGAGCAAAAACACCCACUGAGGCGUCGUAUAGGAGUUCACCAUGUAAGCUAAUGGCAGUGAGGAUUCUGGUGUGACGAAAAAGAGCCAGCCGGUACUGUUGGAUGAGAACUGAUGGGCUGUCCAAGCUGGCGAUAGCAUGCCAACUGCAAAAGGUAAAGGGGGUUCAACGUCCCACCGCUACCGGCCUGCUUCAGAAUAUGAUGAUGCCACCCUCGCCCAAAAGAGAGAAUACUGGAGGACCAAGAAACGGGAGCAGAGGGCUCGACUGUCAGAGCAGAGAGGAAAGCCAACACAAGAGAGUCAUGGGAGAAAGCUCCUACAUCUAAAUGCCCCUGCAGUGGUGAAUUCCAGUUUGUCCAGCUCCGUCACUGCUUUCUCUUCUCCUUUGCAGAGUAAUGAUGACUCAUGCAAAACAGCCAAUAUCCCUCCUGCAUCACAGAGUGGAAACAAAGUGGGGGGCAGCUCAGCUGAAGCCACUGAAAGCCAAAAGGAGAGGUGGCUCCAGACAAUGAAACUCAACAAGGUCCCGCCAGCAUCAUGUUCCAUCUCAGCCAAAGUUGCUAGGGGUGACAGAGCGACAGUGAAAUGCCUAACAGCAAGAGGUGCUGUGAGCAGAGCCAUUACCUCACCCACACCCACAGGAACCCAGCCGAACACCAGUUCCUCAGUGCCUCCGGUCAGAGUGGCCAGAAUUACCAAUGGCAGCUCGGCUAAACCAACACCUCAGCCAUCUGUGUCUAUGCAGGGAGCGUCGGUCCCCAAAACGCAACAGAAGGCACAAGUUGCAUUACACAUUCAGCCCAAACUCUUACCCACCAAUGUGACCACAGGUAUGAUUCUCGUGUCUUCUCCAUGUGUCACCGUUUCUAUUAAAUCUGAGGGCAAAGCAGCAAACGCAACACCUCAAAGUGUAACAAAGAGUGCCUUGGUCACCUCGCAGAGGGCUAAAGGUGUUCCCAACUCUCAACCUUCGCUGGAGUCCGAGGAGGAGAGAGCAGCCAAGCGCAGAGAGCACUGGCGGAUCAAAAAGCGAGAGCAGAGAGCAAAGGUGGCAGCUCGAAUAGCUAAAGCCAGAGAGCGAACGCAAGUCAGGGAGGUGACGUUUCAGAGGCAAACAACACAAAAAACAGGACUCGUGGCCGGCACAAUCAUUCAGCAUCUUCCACCUCAGUCGUUUUUAAGAGGAGUAGGCCAGAAGCAGUGUCACACUCGAGUCAGAACUUCAUUUACAUCUGCCAAAAGGGAAAAUGAUAGACUGCAAAAUAGGGCAGCAAGUUUAGCUCCAGUUAACCUGCGAGCGGAUCAGAUAAGAGUACAAAAUCCACAUGGGAAUAGGAUAACACAGACAGCUAUAACAGCUGAUGUUAUUUCUGUGAAAAAGCCAGGGGAGCCCCAGAGAAAGCUCUCAACUUAUGUACAUGUUUCUAAUGUUUCCCGAGGGAUUGCACGAUGUAAAACACCUCGACAGAGGUUCAUUGACGCCCAGAAGAAUUUCAUGAAUCAAAGACAUAUAAGAUGUAAAUCCCCAAUGCUUGCUUCAGUCUUUGGUAGCAGAAAUAUCCCCAAAAUAGACCCUAAUGACACACCUGAGCAGAUCAUAGCCAAACGGCGAGAGUACUGGCGCAUUAAAAAGCGCGAGCAGCGAGCUAAGCUGUCGAUGGAGGUGAAGGCUCGGCUGAAGGAGAAGGACUCUCUGAUGCGAAGAGUGAAACGCUACCAGAAAAUCCUGGAAGAGAUGAGGAGGGCCAGAGCACUGGCGCAGUCAGGAGGAAGCACCCUCACCCACGCCUCGGAGACCAUUGGAGGGUUCAUCAAAGAGGACGGGACUGUGACCAUUAACAUUCCACAGGUUCCUCCAGACCACAGCGCUGCAGCAGCACACAAAGGUGAAGAGGAGCUUCAUGUAGUUUCUAAUAAUACUCCUACCACAAAACCUCCUCGUCAGCGUGAUACUAAACAGAGAGGUAUUGAACCCAUAUGUGCAAACCAGCCCUCUCCUCCACUCCGCCCAGCUCAGGUGAAAGUCUCUCCUCCUCCUCCUGUACAGUCAGUCAGUAAUCCUCCAAGACUGCCGUCAAUCAGACCAAGAGCUCAACUUGAAAGCACAACUGUUCCUAAUUCACACUCAUUAGCAAUCCAAACUGUAGGUCAGCUCAUUCUCACUCAUCCUCAAAGCCGUCAAAAUGCCAUUUCCGGAGGUUCGGCAGCAGGGUCGAACCGCGGUGGCUGUGUUAUGAAAAUGGCAGUUUCAAGUAGCGCGCCGUCAGUGCUCUUUCUGGAUCCGGAGCUGACCGAGGAGGAGAGGAUGGCGAGGAAGAGGGAGUACUGGAGGAUAAAGAAACGCGAGCAGCGGGCAGCUCGUGCUGCUCGACUGAAGCAGGGUGUUCUACAAGCCAGGGCCAACGCGGCCUUACAGAGGAGGAAGGCCCAGAAGCAAGCAGCGGCAACCACCGCGCCGCUAGGCAGAAGGCUUGCAAACCAUACAGGAAAUGCACAACCUUUCCCCAACAACACCGUGCCUAUAACGCCACACACAAGUGAGAUAAAACAAGAGGGUGAGUCUGUGCCAGCAGUUGACCUAAUUUCUCAACCAGAACAAGCCAUCUGUCCAGAUAUGAAACCCCCAACACCACCUACAGCUCCUCAGCCAGAGCCUGACCCAGCUCUGAAUGCAGACAGCCAGGCUACCACUCUGCUAGCUGUGGCCUCUAUGAAGAAGCUCCUGGAGGAAUCACUUAGCACAGUCACAGAGUGUAAAAGUGAGCAAACUGACAUUAAAAUAGAGUCAACAGAAGAGACUUCAGAGCCAGAGAUGAAGCCAAAUGCACCUCAGCCUUUAUUUGAAAAGGAAGUGGCUCCUAUUGCUGCUGACGUGACGUUGGAAAUAAAAACCUGGCAGCCAGACGCCGAUGCUUUGGUACCACAAAUUAGCGAGACACCUCCACCUCUCCCUACGUCCACUGAUGUCGUCCCACAUCCCACCUGUGAGCACCCAUCCCAAACCCCUUCAGACUUCAUAGUUAACCCCAUAGAAGCCUCGGACGGCCCGUCAUCGCCACGCAGAACACAGAGGCUUUGCAACAGAAAAGCAGGCCAUCAAAACUACUGUUCCCCAGAGCCGCCAAAGCUACACCACCUACCCAUGGAUCAACCACAGCUACAACAACACUGUGAGCAACAAUGUCAGGCACAAGAGCAAUGCCACGACAGCACCCUGCCAUCCGCACAAAGAUAUCACAGUGUGGUGAUGGAGCACAGCGGUCUGACCAGCCUGCAGAGGAAGAGGGAGUACUGGAAGCUGAUGAAGAGGCAGCAGAGGGCCAGGUUAAAGGCAAGGCAGACAGAGAGACAGGGAGAGUGCAGCAGUCGGCUCUCGCAGAGAGACAUCCAGGCUCCAGGCCUCGCUAUCAUCAAUGCUGUUAAGGGUGUGAAUCCUCCAGCAAAACCAGCCCUCCAACCCAAACCACCCGUCGCUUCUCUGACUGCAGCGACAAGCAUCCCUACGGUCCUGGUCGUCAGCCCGACAACAUGCACCGCUCAGCAGUCACCUAACACUCUCCAGGUCAAAUUGCCCGUCACCACUGUCUCCUGUUCACCCAGAAGUGCGCAAAGUAAAGUGAACGUUGAGCCUUCGCAGAUUGAGUGUGACUAUGUAGGAGCUCCAGAGAAUCAGCGACAAGCCCUGCCAGGACCACAAAAGUGGAUGUCCAGAGGCGCAGAUGCAGACUCAUCUCCCUGCCUCCAGACUCUGAAGCCCCCAGACAACCCACUGUCCACCAUCAACCUGCUCCCCAUUGAGCCCCCUGCUCAAACUCCCAGCUCCACCCUCAGUCCAAUAAAAAUCCCCUGUGCCCAACUUCAGAGCCCCACACAUAUGAUAGAGCCUACCAGCAAGCCGGCACCUACAAGUUCCAUGGCUCCACCAAAGCCUAUCCCAGGGGAGUCUGAGGAGGAUUUUCUGAGGAGGAAACGGGAGUACUGGAGGAUAAAAAAGAAGGAGCAGAGAGCUAGGAAGGCCAUUCGGGAUAAGGGAGGAACCCCAAGGAGAGCCUCCAACGACUGGAGGCCCAUCCUGCCUGCCCAGGACCUGCAAGCACAGGAUUCUGGUCAGUGGGUGAGCUCCUCCGAGGAGUCAGAGCAUCUAAUGAGCAUUUCAGUGGACACUGACCCAGGAUCAUUUCCAUACUCACAUUACACAGCACCAGUAGAAGAUGAGUCAGAGCUUCUGUUUCCUGACUAUGAGAAUAAUAACGGUGAUGAAGGUCCGGUCGCAGACAUCGUGUGGAGGAACCGCUACCUCAUGGACUACGAUCCGCUCAACCAGCUGCUGGUGUGCAUGGUGUGCGGGGAGCUGCAGUACUCCCACAGCCUGGAGGGAGUGAGGGCCCACAUCGACGAGGCCCACCCGGACACCCUGACCAUGGACCCUGGGGACCAACAGAGAAUACUGGAGGCCUGGGACGAGCAGGUGUCCCAGCGGGAGCGCUUCUUCACCAGCCAGCUCCAGCAGCACAGUGGGGCCCUGGCAGAAGCACACAACAGAGACAGAGUCAACUGAAGACCACCGACCAGGAGGCAAAACCCACACUUUAUUUGUCUUAUUUAUUUGUAGGAUUUUGUACCUUUGUUUACCGUCAUAGAAAGUCACCUUGAAAGAGAAUGCUGUGGAGCAUUCACCCUCCAAAACAGCUUUACCUCAUAUACUACCAGGGUUGUGAUGCGAGUUUCUGAAAGUCAGCAUGGACAUUUUCAUAUUGAAGCUGCCACAACUGAGAUUUUGUCAUCAUAUUUAAAAUAGUUAAAUUAUGAAGUAGAACAUUCUGGGAAAUUGUGCUAAGCUAGGCUAAAAGUGUCCUGGACAAAUCAUUGGAAUUAAUUGAAAUCGCUGCAAAGUAUUGGGCUACCCAAACCAUAGGGUAACAGUAGCACAAGUAGAGAAGAGUCAAGCACUAAGCUAAUACAUUCAGUAAUGUCUGUUACACUGCAAUAUCUAAAGUUUGCUAACAUUAGCUCACAUAAGCUGCAGGUCAUACCAGACCCAGUAAGACUGGAUCAAAAAGUGGUCUUUGUUGCUCAUGAAUCCAGCUUUUAUUUCCCAAAAGAAGAAUUGUGUUAUUUCUUUUAUCAGAGGUUACACAGUCUCGCUUUGAAGCCAGACCAAUAAACUUCUAACCAUUAACUUCUGGACCCAUCUUACCUUAUUCAGUGAUCAGCAAACUGUGGGCUAUAUUAUUGCUUUCAAAUGGAGAAUCAAUGUACAUCAAACACUGUUCAGCAGUUCCAUUAAUAAAUAAAAUGGGUUAAAAGGACUUUAACAUGCAAUGUCAGGUUUGUGGGAAACUCCCUGUUCAGCCAGCUGUACUGUAAGAAGAGAAACUGUGUCACACACACACAUACAGCACAAGAGUGAAACAUUUUAUACUGUAGUUAAUUUAUUAGAGCUGACGGUUGCUGUCAGUUUUGUAUACAGCUCUUUCUGCUCCACUGGCAGGCUUGCAUUCAGGUACAAGACUGUUCCAGACCCUUGUUAGUUACUGGAUUAUUGCAUGGGCGUCUGGAGCUGCGCCGUGCUGCUCCUCAGACCCUGAACCUUACACAUCUUCAAUGACAACUUUCUGUAGUGAGGCAACAUUUUUACGGUAACUUCGUCACCAUCUCCUGCAGUUCACGUCAGCUUUGCCACCUGUGGUAAACCAUCAAAACGACCACCUGCACUGUAAAUACACAAAAUACUAAAAUGGUUAUGAGAUGCCAAAUUUUUCUUUGACUGUGCUGUUUCACAACUUUUUGAGCAACUUUAUUUAUUAUUUAUUGAAUUUCCUCUUAUAUAAUUGCUGAUGAUGCAUUAUUCAUAUCUGUAGAUAGUUCCAUGUUAGACAGCGUUUCUCAUUUGUGAGUACUGAGGAUCCAAAGGCUUUCCUGCAUGAGUAGUAAGUGGAUGAACAGUUGUAUAUCAGAGAUGAACUCUGGAACGCAUUCCCAUGUUUUUGUAUGAUUUCCAUUAAGAGUAAAAUGCUGAAAUAAUCUUCUGUUUGAGCACAAAACUGUGGAGGUCAGUCAUGCUUGGAGAAACUGCCUGCACAGCGAUAACACACAGUGAAUGGCUUGAAGUGACCAAGCUGUUUUACCUUGAGAGAAUGUAAUUCUGACUUGUUUACCAGUUCAAAGGGAAUGUUUAAAUGCCUUUUCAGUAAUAAACCU